GUCGAGACCUGAGGGUGGGAACUGGGUGAAGGGCCCGACGGCAGGGUCUGUCCAGAACUGCCCGGACAACAGCGCGCAGCGAGGGAUGCUGUGUAUAUCUGCCCAGAACCCUGGCCCCAUCCUGCCUGGUUUCAUUUGUGCCUUACCCAGUAGGCUAUGAGCUCCUUGAGGGCAAGGCCCAUCCCUUUUCUACUUCAAUAGUCACCUCCUAUCCCCAAGAUACUGUGGCCAUACCAGGGCUUGCCCAGAGGAGGGCUGAAGAGAUGCACUUAGAAUUAUCCAAUGAAGUUGCCACUAGAGAUAGAAGAUAGAAGCACAGGAUUUUGUCUGUCCUGGAGGAGCUGAUAGACUAGAUGAGGAGCUGAGAGAGACACAGGGUGCAAAGAGAAACAUUAGGUGCUAAAUCUUGGGGCACCCACUGUACUUAUUUCUGGAGCUCAGGGAAAGGAGAGCUGGUAUAGGCUGGAUAGGCUGAGAAGGGCCUCCCGGUGAAAUGGUCCUUUCACCCAGCCCAAGCCUACAGCGGGAAAAGCAGGGAGAGACUUUGCCACCAAUGUCACUGCUGAACUCUGGCUGGCCCCACCAAGGGGAGAGGCUGACCCUUCCGGAGCCAAAUCCACCAGUCAACUCAGACAGCAACCCAGGUCACAUGCCAGAGGAGGACCCUGAGGAAACCUCUGCUCAGGCGGAUCCUGAAGUCCUGAGCUUGGGGAACCCUGGCCUGGACACCAACCAAGCCCCCAGCUGGCCUGGACUCCGGACCCUCCUGCAGCAGCUCCCUCCACAGGACAGCGAUGAGCGCUACUGCCUGGCCCCUGGCGAGGAGGAGCUGGCUGAGCUGCGGCUCUUCUGUGCUCAGCGGAGGCGGGAGGCCCUGGGACAGGGGGUGGCCCGCCUAGUACCUCCCAAGCUUGAAGAAUGCACCUGUGAAAAGUGCAGGGAGCAGCUGAGGCCAGGGGAGUACGGAGUGUUCACAGCUCGGGCAGGAGAGCAGCGCUGCUGGCACCGGGCUUGCUUUGCCUGCCAGGCCUGUGGCCAGGCCCUGAUAAACCUCAUCUACUUCUACCACGAUGGGCGUCUCUACUGCGGCCGUCAUCACGCAGAGCUGCUGCGGCCGCGCUGCCCGGCUUGUGACCAGCUGAUCUUCUCCCGCCGCUGCACCGAGGCCGAGGGACGGCGCUGGCACGAGAACCACUUCUGCUGCCAGGACUGCGCCGGGCCCUUGGGCGGGGGACGUUAUGCCCUGCUGGGCGGCGGCCCCUGCUGCCCCAGCUGCUUUGAGAGACGCUAUUCGGAUGCCGGCUCGAGUCCGGCCCCGACAGUGGAAGGCAGGGCGUCCCCGGGGGAGGCGGAGCUCGGCGGAUUUGAAGACGGGCACCGCGCCCCGCGGAAUGCCGCGAUCAUCUCCCGGGCAGCCCUUCUCGCUACUGCCGCCAGCUCCAGUCUGGAAACCCAGAGGGGGAUGCUUGGAUCCAGCCCGGAGCAGGAGUGUAGAGCUGGGGACCAGGCGGAGACACCCAAAGGGCAAGAGCAGGGCUGCCCAGAGACUCCCCUUGAUCCCAAGGAGGACGCUUCCUGCCCCACCUGCUCCUCUUCCUCUGAAUCGGAACCCGAAGGCUUUUUCUUAGGCCAGCGCCUUCCCCGGCCCUGGGAGACCCCCGGCAGUCUCCAAGCUGGGGACAGCGACACCUCCAGGAAGCAUUGCACCAUUUGCUAGUGGCGCGGCCCGGAAAAAGGGUGGCUGGGGAGGUAACCUGUAAGGUGAGAGAGCAAAGCUCUCCUCCCCCUAUAAAAACCCUAGACUGAACGCCAUCAGGGCCCAUGGCUGGGAGAGGCGGCGAAAUAACAAAUUUGGAGUGCUUCCCUUUAGCCCACGCAUUCUCUGACUUUUCAUGGAGACUCUUGGGGAGCCCCAUUCCUCAAAGCUACGCAUCCCCUGCUGAGUGAGACCCUACCCCACCCCCACAGGCUAGGCAGCCCCAUCCUCAGCAUCCUCCUCCUGAGCCAACGAAGUGAUCACUCAGAGACCACCUGUGACUGACAGGGUGGGCCAG